UUAAAAUCUGAUCAGAUUGGAACUUGAAAUCGAAACAGGUCAAAACGGCUUUGGUGACACCGUCGAACGGCAGAAAAAUAACAAAAAAAUAAACCGUCCCGUAAUCCCUCCGUUCUCCCUGUCUUUGAUCAAAAUUUCAUGGAAAUGGCUUGUACUUCUUCGGUCACUGAAGAAGAACGACAAGAGCAGAAUCAACAAGCGGCGGUGAAAGAGGAGGAGUGCGUCCACAAAACAAAGACGAUACAGUUCUUGGGCCGCACUACUCCUAUCGUUCUCCAAAACGACAAUGGACCUUGCCCACUCCUCGCUAUCUGUAAUGUUCUUUUGUUGAAGAACAAUCUAAAUUUCAGCCCAGAUAUAGCAGAAGUUUCGCAAGAGAAACUAUUAUCGCUUGUUGCAGAACGUUUAAUUGAUUCCAACAGUAAUGUACAUAACAAAGAUGCAGGCUAUGUUGAAAACCAACAGCAGAAUAUUGCAGACGCUAUUGAUUUGCUUCCAUGCCUUGCAACCGGGAUUGAUGUAAAUAUAAAGUUUAGGAGGAUGGAUGAUUUCGAGUUUACCCCAGAAUGUGCCAUAUUUGAUUUGCUUGACAUCCCUUUAUAUCACGGUUGGAUAGUUGAUCCCCAAGAUUAUGAUACUGCAAAUGCGAUUGGGUCAAAGUCCUAUAAUGCUCUUGUGGGAGAGCUUGUUGCCCUGGAAACACAAAACAUAGAAGGUGGAAGUAAGGAUAACCCUGAGGAAGACUCUGUUGAUUUUGCUGCUGCAACCACUGCUACUCUGGGUGUUCCUUCUCCCUGUCUUUCAAAAGCUAGAUCUUUUGAUGAUUCUCCUUGUUCAGUCUCUGAUCACCAGACAGUAAGAAAAGGGGACCUAGAAGAAGAAGCAGAGCUAUUGAGAGUCUUAAAAUUGUCAGAGAAUGAAUUGCCCACUUCCAUGGAUGAUGCCCGUGUAACUAAUGCUAGUGAAGGGGUUCUGUCUGCUGGUUCAGAUGAAUAUACAUGUGCGAAUGGUGCUUUGCCUGUAAAUUAUGUAGAUAUUUCGGAGGAGGGCCAUAUCGGUAUUGAUAAUAAUCAUUGUGUUUUGAGCAGUGAUCUCACAUCUCUAGGAUCUCGUCCUGGGGAGCUGUCGUGUUCUCCCCCAAAGAUUGAUCAGAUUAAACCUUCAGAAACUCUUCCAGGGCAAAUGCCAUGUUGUCCCUCAGAGGCUGAUCAGAUAAAACUGCUUGAUCAGUCAACUUGCAAAGAAUCCACAGAACAUGGUUCUUGUAAUGCUAUAAUGGAGAAUUGUAGCAUUGAGUCGUCAGUCCAGAUAUCUGGUAUUACAUCCUUAUCUUGUGGAAAAAAUUCGGUUGAUGAAGACUGCAUGGAUAUUUCUCGAGGAGGCGAUCAAUUAGCUUCCAUUACAGAUAUUCAUGAACCAGCAGGUAUUUCUGGUGGUCAUGACACAGCAGAAGUAUUAUCUACUCCAAAUCCUGAUUCAGAUUCCUGUAGUGUCAUAAAGCAGAAUGCAGAUGUACCUGAAACAUUUACUUCUAGUUUUAAUGGCAGUGAGCCCAUUUAUGAAGGAGAAGAAUGCAUAUUGGGUUCAGGAACUGCAUUUUUGGAAGACCGAGAACCAGUGUAUGAAGGUGAGGUGAUUCUUGCAGAACAGGCUGAUAAAACUGUGAGGUCAAAUGAUAAAAUCACACCACAAGAAGGUGAACUGAUAACGAACUUCUUGAAGAACAGUGCUAAUCAGCUGACCUUUUAUGGCCUUUUUUGCUUACAAGAUGGUCUCAAAGAACGUGAACUUUGUGUUUUUUUCCGUAACAAUCACUUCAGCACCAUGUUUAAGUAUGAUGGUGAACUUUAUAUCUUAGCGACAGACCAGGGAUACAUAAACCAGCCUGAUUUGGUUUGGGAGAAACUAAAUGAGGUCAAUGGGGAUACGAUAUUUAUGACUGGCAACUUCAAGGAAUUCAAGGUAGAAAGUAAUGCAAAUGAUACAUGGGACGAGCACAAUGCCAUUGCCAGUACGGCUGACUAUAUUGCCAGCAUUAAUCCUGCAGCACAAGCGGGUUUGGAUAUGAAUUCUGAUCUGCAGCUUGCAAUAGCUCUGCAACAACAGGAGUUUGAGCAGCAGCAGCCUCAACGCCAUAAUUUGCAGCAACCUACUGUCAGUGGUGGUUCUGGACUGAUUACAGGUCCCCAGGUGCCAAGAACCAGUGGGAAGUACCCAUCUUCAUCUUCCAGGCCAGAAGCAAAAUCAAAGGACAAGUGCAUUGUGAUGUGAGUUUUGCUGUAGGGCAACUUGGAAGUCUGCACUGUAAAUGUUUUGUAUCUUGGCUUCAUUUUGUCCAUGACACUAAUAAACUCAUGUUACCAUACGUGUAAUUUAGAUGAGGUUUUUAUUGCAAGAAGUAUAUAGUUCCAAAUUGCUACA